CAAGAACAUACAUGAUCAGUCAGUACAUUUAACACACACAUAUUGUGUGUGAGAGAGAUAGAGAGAUGACGUGUAGGGAGAGAAAAACGAUGCUGUCUGGAAGUUGCCGUGGUUUCAACGCACUGCCGGAGGGUUGUAUAGCCAAUGCGCUGUCAUUGACAAGCCCGAAGGAUGCCUGCCGGCUGUCUUUGGUAGCCUCCACAUUUCGUUCAGCUGCCGAGUCUGAUGUGGUUUGGGAGCGGUUUUUGCCGCCUGAUUAUGUUGAUAUUAUCUCCCGCUCAAUUGACGGCCCUGAUUCGCUUCUCACUAAAUUUCGCUCCAAGAAAGAGCUCUAUUUCCACCUCUGUGAUAACCCUAUCAUCAUCGACAGUGGCACCAAGAGCUUUUCAUUGGAGAAAGGGACCGGGAAGAAGUGCUUUAUGCUGGCUGCAAGGGACCUCUUUAUUGUGUGGGGUGAUACACCUCAAUAUUGGGCAUGGAUUUCACUUCCCGGGUCCAGAUUCCCUGAAGUAGCAGAGCUUCUUAAGGUGACUUGGUUUGAAGUUCGUGGCAAGAUAAAUGCUAGUAUGCUAUCUCCAGGAACGAAAUAUUCAGCUUAUAUGGUUUUCAGCACGAAAUCAGGAUUUCACGGAUUUGAUUACCAACCUGCUGAGGCUUCGGUAGGUAUCAGUGGACACGAUGGUCAAAAACGAACUGUCUGCUUUGAUAUAAACGUAGCACGAAUGCACUCAUAUCAGUAUUCACAAGUUAAUCAUCGCCAGCCUCCCAGUUUUUAUAUGUGGUGGCAUGGCAAUGUGCCGAUAGAUCACAGUGCCGAGUACCCCAAGUUGAGGACAGAUGGAUGGAUGGAAGUUGAGUUGGGAGAGUUUUUGGUGGAGGGAAAACAAGAUGGGGAUGUGGAAAUUAGUUUAAUGGAGGUGAAGGGUAGAUACUGGAAGUGGGGUCUCAUUAUUCAAGGCAUUGAGAUCAGACCAAAAGCUGGGUGAAUAUUUAAUUUACAAAAGAUUCAUUAGAAAUGAGUUCAUGGAAUUAUGUACAGUCUUCAAACGAUCAGCUCUGAGUUUUUCUUCAUUUAUUACUUCUGUUUGGGUAUUUUUGUUAUAUUGUAUGAUACUAAUUCUAUCAUGGCGCUUUGGGAA